UUCUUGUGACCGGAUCGGCGCUCUAGUUGACCUUUUGCCAAUUCAUACCUCGGCACAAGUCGUUGCGCUCACAGCUACGUCAAUGCAGCUUUGAGAAGAAAGUUAUUUUCAUGACGUCGUUGUCGUCGACUUCUCGAACCUUUUCAUAAUACCCAUCAGCCCAGACCAUCAUCCACCCAUCAACACCACCCAUCAACACCAAGGACAGACACAUCGUGAGAAAAACCUCGCAUCCCAGAGAUCCUAAAACAUGACGACGCAGAACAAGACCUUCAUCUUCAAGAAGAUCCCUACGGGUCUCCCCGUGGCCGGAGAGCACCUCACCGUCGAGGACCACCCCAUCGACCUCGACGACGUCCCCGCCGACGGCGUCGUCGUCGAGAUCCUCUACGCCUCUUUCGACCCCUACCAGCGCGGCCGCAUGAGGGAGGCCACCAAGAAGUCCUACACGCCCCCCUUCGACCUCGACGGGCCCAUCACCAACAGCACCGUCAGCAAGGUCCUCAAGAGCAACACCCCCAAGUUCGCCGAGGGCGACCUCAUCUUCGUCUUCGCCCCCGUCGCCCAGUACGCCCGCCUACCGGCCAGCGCCCUGGAGCAGGCCCGCAAGAUCCACAACCCGCACGGCCUCGACCUGGCCCUCUUCCUCGGGCCCCUCGGCAUGCCCGGCCUGACGGCCUGGUCCGGCCUGCACAAGAUCGGGAAGCCCAAGAAGGGCGAGACCAUCUUCGUCAGCUCCGCCGCCGGCGCCGUCGGCCAGCUGGUCGGCCAGAUCGCCAAACGGGAGGGCCUCACCGUCAUCGGCUCCGUCGGCUCCGACGAGAAGCUCGACUUCAUCACCAAGGACCUCGGCUUCGACGCCGGCUUCAACUACAAGAACGAGAAGCCCGCCGACGCCCUCCCCAGGCUGGCGCCCAACGGUAUUGACAUCUACUUUGAGAACGUUGGCGGGGACCACCUCGAGGCGGCUCUGACCUCCAUGAACGUUGAGGGGCGCAUCGCCGUCUGCGGCAUGAUCUCCAGCUACAACACACCCGCGGAUCAGCAGCAGGGCAUCAAGGGCCUGAUGCAGCUCGUCUCCAAGCAGAUCACCAUGGAGGGUUUCCUCGUCGGCAACCCCAAGUUCGGCGCCGCGUACUUCAAGGACCACCAGGAGCACCUGCAGGAGUGGCUGUCCGACGGCAGCGUCAAGGCCAACCUGGCAGUGACCGAGGGCAUCGACAACGCCGCCGAGGGCCUCAUCGGCCUGCUUACCGGCAAGAACUUUGGCAAGGCUGUUCUGAAGGUCAAAUAGGGAACUACAUGCUUUGUCUCUGCUUUGGGAGUCCGAUGAAGAAAUGAGUCAAUGAAAAAUUUCUUACCAUGAUAUUUGGGGGGUUUUUUUUUAAAAAAAAAGAAAAAAAACCUUUGGCGACAUACAAAAGUGAAGAGAUACGUGAGGUUCUCAGUCAGUGGACACUGGACAGCUCAACUAGCGUG